AUGUUUAGGAACGAUCGAUCGUGUUACUUGACGCUACUGUGUGCGAUCACACUAGUCGCCGUACUUAUCAGGUCGACGCAGUGCUGCGAUCUGGACCAAACGCAACACGGCUGCCGGAUAGAUAACGGUCAGUGCACUUGUGCGUUCGGCUGCAAAUCGGAAUUUCGCUACGCCACACGGAAGGAGUGCCAAGAUGCGUUGAAGGGUCGCACCAGUGACAUCUGCAACCGUCAACCGUGCCAGAAUGGAGGAACGUGCACGCAAGUGACGACCAUGCCGCAGUACAAGUGUCGCUGCGAAGGUACCGGCUACUGGGGCAACCGAUGUCACCGAAUGUGUCCCAAACCCGACCAGCUUCCUCCGGGCACGAAAUUCCCGCACGAAUGUGUCGUUAUUUAG